UUUUUGUCCCCCGCACCUUGAUAACUUCGACAACUUUUUCUGCCUCCUCCUCAAUUUCAUACCUACCUACCUAGGUACCUACAUAACAACUGCGACAAACCACCAAAGACGUACAUGCUCCGUCGCCUCUUCAACACCAUGGCCGAAUCAGCAUCCAAGCGCGUCAAGACCACGGGUAACGGUCCUCUCAUUGGUACCCACAAUGGCCACUUCCACGCUGACGAGGCCCUCGCCGUCCACAUGCUCCGCCGUCUUCCUGCCUACCGCGAUGCCUCUCUUGUCCGUACGCGCGACCCUGCCGUCCUGGCUACCUGCCACACUGUUGUCGACGUUGGCGGCGAGUACGACGCUGAGAAGCGCCGUUUCGAUCAUCAUCAGCGCGGCUUCACAACCACCUUUCCCGGCCGCCCUACAAAGCUCUCCAGCGCCGGUCUUGUCUUCCUGCACUUUGGCCGCGCCAUCGUUGCUGAGCGCCUUGGACAACCCGAGGACUCCGCCGACGUUGAAUUGAUUUACAAGAAACUGUACGAGAACUUCGUUGAAGCCCUCGACGCCCACGACAAUGGUAUUUCUGUUUUCGACCCUGCUGCUGUCGCCGCUGCAGGUCUCGAGAAACGCUUUAGCGAGGGCGCCUUUGGCCUUGGUGCCAUGGUCGGACGUCUGAACCCCAAGUGGAACGACCCUACACCAUCUGAUCCCGCUGAGGCUCAGGCAGCUGAGGAUGCCAAGUUCAACGAGGCCAGCAACCGCAUUGGCGAGGAGUUCGACAGAGAUCUUGACGGCUACGCCGGUUCUUGGCUCCCUGCCCGCACCAUUGUCCAGGAAGCCUUCACCAAGCGCACGCAAUACGACGAGCAGGGCCGUCUGCUUGUCCUCGAGGGCCAGUCUGUGCCCUGGAAGGAUCAUCUUUAUGCUCUCGAGGACGGUACUCCUUCGGUGCUCUACGUUCUAUACGCUGAGAAGCCUGAGCCUGGCGCCAAGUGGCGCAUCCAGUGCGUUCCUGAGAGCAAGGACUCCUUCGUCAGCCGAAAGCCCUUACCCGAGGCAUGGAGAGGAUUCCGCGACGCUGAGCUAGAUGGCAUCAGUGGCAUUCCUGGCUGCGUCUUUGUCCAUGCAGCUGGCUUCAUUGGUGGCAACAAGACUUUCGAGGGUGCCAAGCAAAUGGCGCUCAAGGCUCUGGAUGCUUAAAGAGAGUAUCACAACCUGCAAACCAUUUAGGUUGUAUGAACAUUUCUACGAUAUCAUGGGAAAAUGCAAAACGUUCCGGGUAAUACUACACACUAAGACAAAAGGGAGAGAAGAAGAAAAAGGCAAUGGAAAUAGAAAGCAUGCUUCUGAAACGAAGCAGGCAGCUAAACGACCAAAUGAACAUGAUAACCAUUUGCGGAGAGUGUGGUGUUUCUUUCACCCUGCCGCUCUCAAACAACAUUAUCCGAUGAUUCCAGAUCGAGAUAUGUCCCCCGUGUGUGCGAGCCAGAUUGUCUGCCAAUUCCCAAACGCCAACUGUGCGAUCCUCGUAAGUCGUCAAAACCGAUUUCGCAAUCCACCACAAGCCCACGCACAAGGCUUAGUAUCAAAGAAACAAACGUUCCAUGUUCUGCGAGACAACAGUGAAGAAGUGUAAGAAGAAGAAAAACUCCCUCUCUGUUCCUGCUCCGUCGCACUUUUCUUUUAUCAUUUUCACUCGACGCUCUAUCGUCGGAUUGGGAUGCCCUCGCCGCCAGCGGCAACAGGCUCAGGUAUAGCAGCGUCUGCAUCUUUGGACUUGUCGGCAUCAUUACCGUCGGUCUCAUCAGCGCUGGUCUCGCUCUUGAGGAAGCUGCUCUCCUUAAUAGGGCUGCCAGCCUGGAUGCCGGGCACGGAGCCGUGGUGGGCGUGCUUGGGUACGCUGGCUCCGGAGCCGUUCACCGGGGAAGAGAGGUGGGGAAUGUUCUCGGGGACGGGAUGCUGAGAGCCGACGGCACCAGCAUCAACGCCGUCGCCCUUGCCGGCCUUGGACAUGGCAUAGUCGCCCGAGUCGAAGUAUUUGCGGUCCUUGAGAUGCUUGGCGAAAUGGUCGGAUCGAGAGGGCAGCUUGCCGUAGAGGCGGAAAAGUCGCUGCUCCUCAGGAGUGAGUGACUAUAACGAGGGGUUGGCGUCAGCAAAGUAGUCGGUACGAUUGAAGCUCGCGUCGGUGUAGAUGUUGUGAGGAGGGAUUGACAUUGACGGGCACCAUGGUCAUCGAGUCAUGCACAGAGGGGAGCUCGAAUCGCCUGAGGUUGGUUGGUCUCCAUGGGCAGCUUACCUUGACAUCGACCUUGUUCUUCUGAUGAGGGUUCAUGGCGAAAGAGGUAAUGCUGAUACGCUAAGGUCGAGAUCACAAGAGAAGGUGUGAGGAUCGGAUCGAAGGAAAGAUGUGUAUCCGUACAGUGCUGCUCUCUUGGUAUUUAGACAAGCAAAGAGUUCGUUUUGAAAAGGACCAAGAUCGAGCGAGAAUGGCGGGGGGAUUUAUUGGAGGAGCCACGGGCAGGGUCCUAACUCGGGUGGUAACAAUGGGUAGUAGUAGCAGUGGCAGUGGCAGUAGCGGUGGCAGCAGGGGAUUUUAGGGAUUGAUGGAUGAUUGUGCCUGAUUGGGGGGGGCUUGACAGCAGUUAGGUUGGGUAUGAUGUAGCUGCCCUGUGAGUCUGAGAGGCCAGGAGGCUUAGUGGGGUAGCGAGUUUCCGUACGAGUUACAAGGAUGCCCGCUUGUUGGCUAGGCUGUGCUGUUGGUGAGGUGUAUGAAGAUAGAGGGGCGGCGGCAUUGCUGUAUACACGUCAUAAGCGCAUGGGGUGAAACGUGGACAGCCAACUCGAAUAUUGAUGUGUGUGUACUGUACCUCUCUCUCUGUUUUCACAAAACUUGCGUCUGUCUCUUCCUUUUUAUCGAUGAUUUGUAUCUAAUGGAUGCUUAUCUUUACUCCAAAAGUGACAGCAUGUGCGUCCUGUCCCCUUUCUAUUCUUUACGUGUCGAUUCAACUACAAUUUCACUCUCCAAAGGUCAACACGUACCUAAGGUAUAAUCAGCACAUGAUAAACAGACUGUGCAUGAGUGGCGAUAUUAAUAUAGUCAACUUCUAUCAGGCUCUAGGGGAGGAAAGAAAUCCCAGGCAGGACCUUGAUCAUAAAUGACAAAAAGGCUUGGGUAGCAUGGUAUAAGUUUAGGAUACCAUUUGCUAAGUUUAUUUUGACACCCUAUCCUAAGGUCUGAUGUUUCUUGCUCCCCGAGGGAGCUGUACCAGGCAACACAGUAUCAUCGGGUAACUACAGCAAUGCAAUGAUCCGCGCUGCAUGAAUUGUAUCUGCGUCCUCGCCCCAGGCAUGACAUUGACCCGUGCUUCUUUGCUUCCUGGUUGGGCAUUGCUUAUCCAGCAGGAAUCGCAACGAGCCGUUAACAUAUACCUGUUUUAUGGGUCGACAGUGAAUUGGACGAAGGAACAUCGUCGCUAGUUAUCGAGAGUGCCGUCGACAUCUGACAGUAUAUACCCCGGCGUCACCAAGAUCGUCAGGGCGAUUUGCUCGUCCCCUGGUAGCUUGCAUUGAAGUUAACAUCCAUUGAUACCCAGUGGGUAAUCAUAAGCCACGGUCUAUGGGUUCGGAUUUGGGAACCACAAUUGGGCUGCUGGGUCCCAGACAGCAGUGCUGUCAGGCAUGCUGUACUCGAGAAUGUAGCUUGUUGCGAAAUGGGAUAUGGUUUAUGGUUGUACGGGCGAGCCAAGACAACAUCGAAGCGAAGCGAGUGACGCGUUGUUGGUAAGCGUCGUCGUCUUGACACACCAACAAGCGUGAAGAGACACCGUCGUUUGCCAGGUCGAUGGCUGUCUUGCGUUUCAUUGCACUCUGCUCCUGUCUCGUGCUUAUCUAUAAGCGAUACUUUGACUGGGUGUCAGUGGACGAGAGCCGAGAGAUUCUAGUAGCAGAGUUCAUUCGCCUCGAUAAGGACAUGGUUAUGCGGCUUACCUACUUACUUUCUUUGCCUAGCUAGGUACGUUGAAGUUUGAACUACGGUAGCGCUGGGCUCCAUCGCUCACAUGGCAUUCUUUCUAGCGUCAUCAGCCAUCCAGUAUCCAGUGAGCCAGGAUCGGAAGCCAACAUACUGCGGCACCACAAACACCAUUACCGGCAUUCCAUCUCCGGGUUUGUACUGCACUGUGUGUCCGUCCCUCCUCUUGUCGGGAUCGAUACGACUUUCCUGACCAUGUCAUUGCUGUCGGGCUUCUCCAAAUUCCAGCUCCUUCUGGCGUGCUAUUCUGUGUCCACGAACCCACGCUUAUUAGGUAUUACUCGACCAAAGGACUGUUGUUGGAACCGCAAUGGCGAUGAUCACCUGAGCAAGUGAUCGAUGAUACACAUGGCGCUUCUUAGUUCUAGCUUUCGAAGCUUGGGAAGGCGCCGGCUGCUGAUCAUCGUUCUUGGGAUAGAGUUCGCUAUGUUGGCGCAAAGCGGCAAGCCGGCGCUCGGGUACUAACUAAUGCAGAGGUACUGUACAGUUGAGAGUGUGCUCAUCACGAGAGUCUCUCCAUUGUUAGGAGGGCAACAGCAACAGCAGCAGUGGCUGGCAGGUUUGUUGAUGAAGAUUUGUCUUGGCGUCAAAGUUAAACCCAGAACUGAUGCUUCUUGUCGGCAGUUGAUCAAUCCAGCAGUGAUCGAAUUACUGAUGUUUGGCCUGAUCAGUCAUUCGUCUUCUUGGCUCAACAUUAAAGGUUAUGAUAGCACACGUCUUGCGUCUUAGUGUGCGUCGGGACUCAAUGGCUGCAAAAGAGCUAACUUAUCCUGCCUCUGUCUUGUUGGGACGAGUAUUACGGUUUCUACUCCGUAACAUGGGCAUUUUAGACACUGGAUACCGGAAUCCGUCAUUCCCCAGUAUUAUUGUAUGCAUAUUCUUAUGUCUGGAUCCGCUGAAUAAGUCACCAAGUAGAGAAAUGGUCGAUUAACAACAUCACUACAUUAAUCAUUCUGCUAUGCAUCCAAGAACAGUGUUAUGUCGUGUUAUGCCAGCAGUGGUAGGUAGUUGAUAAGCACCCACAGUCACUCAUCAUCAUGCAGCAUCCAUUCCUUCGGCGUGCCAGUUGCACCUUGUUGGUUACAACUAGGGUCGCAUGACUCAAAAACGGACAGGUUCGUUCUGAGUUGGCUGCAGUAUGUCUGUACUAGGGACGUUGGAAAGAGGAGAGAGCGACAACCUACAGUGCCCUAGACCGGGCUGGGGUUCAGCUGUGACGAAGCAACUGCCAAAGGUCGUCGCUGGUAUUAGACAGUGAUUUCCUACAUGCUCUGUUCUGUGUGAGCCCGGUAGUCUACAGUACAUAUGUCAUUGGAGUGUUGAUCUCGGAUUGGUCAGUGUGACAAGGGCCUCGGGCUUUUGAAUAUCGAGGGUUUUUGGUUUAUUUAUUGGUCAAUCCUGGUAAGUCCAUGGAAACCGACGGGGAUAAGUCGGAUGUGUUUGUUCUUGAAACAAUGGAAGAUAUCGAAGCUGGAGAGUCCAAUCAGGUGCACGAGAUUGUGGCAGCAACUCUCUCUGAUUGAGAUGACUGUUUCAGAUGCAUAUUGCUUGUUUGUUCUGGAACGAUGUUGGAAGCUUCGAGUUGUUUGAAAAGCAAACGCCUUUUACUGUUAUCGGCCAUGAACAGCUGCAACUCUGUGAUGGUUGAAUAACUCGUUGAACCACAGAGCGUAACAUUGGCCCUCAACAUACCCAGGCGCUUCAAGUACUAAGGCAGUACAAGGAUCAAGAUACGGCUGGUCUCUCAACACCUAGUCAGUGGGCUGACGUACGAUCUGCUGCAUCAAUGAAUCGUUGUUUUGGUAAUUAAACAAUGCUAUUGUAAGCAAGCGGUUAUCGGCUGCACGGUUGUACGGCUACACGGACUCCGGCUCUAGGCAUUGUAUAGGAAAUGCAUGGUUAGUCUGAAGACUCGAUAGGGCUGACUUGUAUGAGUGGGCAGCUCUUUAUAAUGGAUGCCCAGCAAUAUAUAUGCUUAUUAUAUGGUGAAAUUAACUAGGACGAUUGAUAAUAUAUCGUACUACCUAAACAGACCUAGAAUAAUAUAAUACUUUACCCUCGA